GCGAGAGUGCUAAUUCCCAGAGGGGCGCAUGCAGGUUCCUGCUUCCAUAUUUCUUCCCAGUGCGCCCCUCUCGGGCGCCCGCUCCCCGGCGACCUGGCUGCCCGGGAUGUAGGCGUCCGGGCGGUGGCCUGGCUGCUUCUAUGGGUGGCUGCUGGGAUCCCCCUCAGGCCGGCUCAGACCGACGCGGAGACCUUUUAAUAAAAGUGAAAUUUGGAGAAAGCAUUGAGGACUUACAGACCUGCCAACUCUUAAUUAAACAUUACAUCCCACCAGGACUUUUUGUGGAUCCAUAUGAGUUGGCUUCAUUACAAGAAAGGAACAUAACAGAGGCACUGAUCAUUUCAGAAAAUUUAGACAUAGAAGCUCCCAAUUAUUUGUCCAAGGAGUUCGAAGUUCUCAUUUACGCUAGACAGGAUUCACAGUGCAUUGAUUGUUUCCAAGCUUUUUUACCUGUACAUUAUCGCUACCAUCAGCCACAGAGCAAAGAUGGGGAAACCUUCAUUGUGCUUGAUAACCCUGAUUUAUUGAUGUAUUGUGAUCAAGAGUUUCCAGUUUUGAAAUGCUGGGCUCAGUCAGAAGUGGCAGCUCCUUGUGCCUUGAAGAAUAAGAAUAUCUGCCAGUGGUAUAAUAUGCAAUAUAAAUCGGUAUCUAAGAAUGUGACCCUGCAGGUUCCAGUGGGACUGACUCUACAUACCUUCUUAGUAUGUUCUGUGACACUGCUCAUUACUGUCCUGUGUUCUACCUUGAUCCUAGUGGCAGUUUUCAAAUAUGGCCAUUUUUCCCUAUAAGUUUUAUGUAGUUACAUGUUCUCAUAAACCCAGAUAAGAUCUAUUUAUUUAUGACUAGAACAGUCUUUCUAAAAUUAUGUCAUUACUUUUUUGUCAUUUGUCUUGGUUUUCUUUUACUAAAACUACAUUUACUGAGGACAUUUUGGAUUAUCUGAACUGAAUCCAAGCUGUCAUGCUCUGCUUGUUAUAGACCCUCAAGUUGUUGAUAACCCUCAAGUAUCAAAUACCAAUAGAGUAGAUUUAAUUCUGUGAAAUUAACAUUUGUUUUGUGAGAUGUGACUUUUUGUUUUCAUUUGAAUUAGAGAAAUGAAUUUCUUAUGUAUUAUGAACAAGUUAUUCUUUUGUAAAUAGAAGCAUUUCAAUUUAGACUCAAUGAGAAAGUCAAUUAACAUAAAAAUGAAGUAAUUUAUAUGAAUCAUACUUAUUUAGACAUUAAUUUUACAAAAAUGUUAAAAUAAUUAUUCAAGGGGGUUGGGUGGUAGCACAGCAGGUUAAACACACAUGGCACAGAGCACAGGGACCAACGUAAGGAUUCUGGUUCGAGCCCCCGGUUUCCCUCCUGCAGGGGGUGGGGUCGCUUCACAGGCAGUGAAACAGGUCUGCAGGUGUCUUUCCUCCUUUCUUCCUUUCUCUCUCUCUCUCUCUUUCUUUCUUUUUUAAACAAGAGCACUGUUUCAGCUCUGGCUUAUGGUGGUGCGGGGGAUUGAACCUGGGACUUUGAAGCCUCAGGCAUGAGUCUGUUUGUAUAGCUAUUAUGCUAUCCACCCCCACCCCAGGUGUCUUUCUCUCCCUCCCUUCUCAAUUUCUGUCUGUCCUAUCUAAUAAAAUAAAAUGAGGGGGAUGAUGGAAGUAGUGGAUUCAGAGUACCAGCACUAAGCCCCAGCUAUACCUCUGGUUGAAAAUAAAUAUAUAAAUUUCUAAGCACAUCCAUCAAUUCAUUCACUGUAAAUAGUUUCUGAGAACCAGAAGCCAGUAAACCAGGGCAUGUUGUCAUAUAUAGAGUCAUGGGGUGUAGUGCCCAUUUUUAUAUGCUCUCAUUUAUAAUUUUCUAAAGACUUCCAGUUUUUUAUGGGAAUAAAUUUUAUUUAUGUAUUUAUUCUACCUCCAAGGUUAUCACUGGGGCUCAGUGCUGGCACUACGAAUCCACUGCUCCUGGUGGCCAUUUUUCAUUUUUAUUGGAUAGGACAGAGAAAUGGAGAGGGGAAGGGGAGAUAGACACCUGCAGCCUUGCUUGACCACUUGUGAAACGACCUCCCUGCACGUGGGGAACCUGGGGUUUGAGCCCAGAUCCUUGUGCAGUCCUUGUACUUCAUAUUAUGUGUGGUUAACCCAGUGCUCCACUGACUGCCCAGCUCCUGGGAUAAUUUUUAUAUUUAUUUUUUAAGAUUUUAUUAAUUUAUUCACGAGGAAGAUAGGAGGAGAGAAAGAACCAGACAUCAUGGGGCUAGGUGGUGGCAGUUGGUUGAGCACACAUGUUACAAUGCUCAAGGACCCAGGUUCGAGCCCCCGGUCCCCACAUGCAGGGGGAAAGCUUUGCAAGUGAUGAAGCAGGGCUUCAAGUAUCUCUCUGUCUCUUUCCCUCUCUGUCUCCCCCUUCCUCUCAACUUCUAGCUGUCUCUAUCCAAUAAAAAUAAAGGUAAUAAAAAAUAAUAAAAGCGAGAGUCAGGCAGUAGCAGCGUGUUAAGCACACGUGGUGCCAAGCGCAAGGACCGGUGUAAGGAUCCCAGUUAGAGCCCCCGGCUCCCCACCUGCAGGGGAGUCACUUCACAGGCAGUAAAGCAGGUUUGCAGGUGUCUAUCUUUCUCUCCCCCUAUCUGUCUCCCCCAUCUCUCUCCAUUUCUCUGUCCUAUCCAACAAUGACGACAUCAAUAACAACAAUAACUACAACAAAAAUUAUUUAAAAAAGAGCAACAAAAGGGAAAUAAAUAAAUAUAAAGAGAAGAAAAGAAAAGAAAAGAAAAGAAAAGAAAAGAAAAGAAAAGAACCAGACAUCACUCUGGUACAUGUGUUGCUGAAGAUUGAACUUGGUACCUCAUGCUUGAGAGUCCAGUGCUUUACCCACUGCACCAUCUCCCAGACCACUGAACUUUUAUAUAAUAACACAUUUAGAGUUUACCAGUCAAAGCUUUUCUCUUUAAAGGUAUUUUUUGAGACUUAAGUAUUGAAAAAAAACUAUUGUCAUGAAGCAAAUUAGAGAUCUUUAAUUAGUCUAGUGUAUUUGUUUAGUAUUUUUUUAGUAUGUUCUUUCUUAUAAGAAAAAUUCCAUGCUAUACAGUCAUUAUUUUCACUAUACUUAAUAAAGAGGUGUUAAAAUAGAA